GUCACGUUCUAAACGGCCCCGGUCCUCCGCACGUCGCUUACAGAACGAGGAAGAAGAAACGGGCCUUAUCGCAGGUGGCUGCUGUCCGCGAUAAUGAAACAAUCGCGUCGACGCUCUUCGGUCGCGAACAACUGACGAUCGCGGGUGCUCAAGGCCGGCCAAGGACGCGGUUCUUUUUUUUUCGAUUUUCGCUCUUUCCAGUCGGGGUACGGGCGACUUGUUCGAUUUUUCGGGUUUUUGAGGAAUUCCCACAAAAGACAGUUUCGCUGCUAAGUUUGGUUAGUGCGCGGCCAAUAAAUAAGAUGAAAUUUUACGCGGAAGCGACCCUACUGAUGAUACUGCCCGCGUACGUGGCAUUCGUAUCGUGCGCCCCGACGUUUCAGCCCCAAAACGAGCAGCGUCAGGCGAAAAAUUUGCCGUUUUUCGACUACGCCCAGCCCGAAGCGGACUACGACGGAUACGCCAUAGAUAGCGACGACUACGUUUCGUUGGCGAUAGAAGAAAACGACAUUGGCAGGACGAUACCGGCGAGGAAGCGAUUCAGGCCGGAAUACAACUCGCCGAUAUAUUACAUCAGACUACCGCCCCAACCCUACAUGUUUGUCCCAGGUUUGGGUUACGUGUCUCAGCCGCCGACCAAUCCGAUGUCGCCUUUCGUCAACGUUCCCGUCAGCUUCGUGUCCAACGGCAAACCAAAUUCGAUCUAUCAAUGGACGGGGGGCAUCGAAAUACCGACGGUGGCGCCGCAUCCUGCCACGACGCUCAAACCCAAACCCGCGAGGAAACCAGUUGGCAAGCCCGAUUCGUCUAUCCACAGGUUGCCCGGCCAAUUCGCUUUCAAUGGUCGGCCCGAUGAAAUUUUUGUGCUUCGGGAUUCGUAUAAUUCGUUGUACGGCGACGUUUUGCAGAAUCUGUAUCCGUAAGGUUAAACGCUCGAUGGUCUGUGAUUUCAUGACGUCAUAGCAUUGCGAGGGUUUUUUAAAGCUUGAAGCCGCAUUAAUGAGUACCUAUACUUUUUAAUAAAAUUUAAACCGGGCUAGAAGUACUACCCAAAUUUGUAUAUAGCCGCGUCCACGAAUUAUGAAGUUAAUAUAUUAUAUUUAUUUUGUUUUGUACCGCAUUUUGAGAAAAUUCGAUGUAUUUAUACAAAUAAA